AUGGCGAGAGUGGAGUCUUCCACAUGGGCACCGUUGGCCAACAGCUCCAAAUUCCGAUCCAAUCCCUGCUCUUCAUCGCUCGCUCGAAUCAUCAUCUGCCCGCACGCCUCGCAGAGCAGGGCUCACCGCCCGCGCCAGCCAAUGUCAGGCAACAGCGAUGCCCGCGUCCUCGAGACGGAGGCGGCAACCGGACAAGGUGGCCGCGGCCCUCGCCGCCAGCCGCCCAACACAUGCUCGAUAAAAUGCCUACAAGUGCCACAUGGGCCGCUGUCCACUGAUAUGCUGGUGGCAGCACCGGUGGACAGUGGACGUCGUCCGUUGCAGCCGCAGCUCACCCCGCUGCUUGAGUUGAACCAUGGAAAUCUCAUGGCGCCCUGUGAAUGUGUGGGUGGCAAGGAAGGAAGAUAA